CUGAUAACACCAGCACUCAACGACAACGCGGGAACGUCCCUCGCCGGGUCCUUCUCGCUCCACCACGCCGUCUGGCUGCACGCUAGCCUCCCGGGCUCUCAUACUCAUAAUCUUCCUUCAUGUCUAUUUUUAGUUUUCCUGGCUCAAGCUUCUCCAGGCCAGUGAAACACAAGCCUCCCUCUCCCCUCCGCCUCUCCCUCUGGCAUGCGAGCUGCAGGCAGGAGCCCCCAGGUAAACACCGCCGCCGAAACCCUCUAGUGCUCCUGCCUCAGGAAAACCUCCGACUUAGGGAUCACGGCUCGGCUUUUAGGAUGGACAGAAGCUGGAUGACCUUCUGAUGGGCUUUAGCUCCGGGUGUGGAUGUGGACGUUUUUCUCUCAGAUGACAGAAUCACUCCAACUUCCCCUUGGCCAUUGCUUCCUUCCCUUGCAGGUAGCUGGAUCUUGUUUUCCUUAAAAAACCUUUUCCUUCCAAAUUUGCCUGCCAUGCCAACUGUCAUUAGCGCAUCUGUGGCCCCACGGACGGGGGCGGAGCCCAGGUCCCCCGGGCCGAUUCCCCAGCUGGGCCAAGGCAAGACCACCGAGGCCGGGGGCGCAAACCCAAGUGGCAUCUAUUCGGCCAUCAUCAGCCGCAAUUUCCCCAUUAUUGGAGUGAAAGAGAAGACAUUUGAGCAGCUUCGUAAGAAAUGUCUAGAAAAGAAGGUUCUUUAUCUGGAUCCCGAGUUCCCACCAGAUGAGACCUCUCUCUUUUACAGCCAGAAGUUCCCCAUCCAGUUCAUCUGGAAGAGACCUCCGGAAAUUUGCGAGAAUCCCCGAUUUAUCAUUGGUGGAGCCAACAGAACUGACAUCUGUCAAGGAGAUCUAGUUCUUUGCCUCCUGUCACGGGAGAUAUGCCUCGUUCCACAGCAUCCUCCCUAGAGUCUCAAGGACACUUGCACACCCCACUCCGCAAGAUAAAAGCCUUGCUUUUAACUGUACCCACUCCCUUAAAAGAGAGCUCUGAAACUGCGCACCAAGCACGUCCCUGGAAUCUAUAUGGAAUCUGUAUGCACACGGAAAGUGCACUUGUAACUCACUCUCUUGUUGACAAUGCCCCAGCGUCGCUCCAUAUGAAAGGAGUCUUUCCACAAAGAUGGCAGUUGCCACAGGAUGCGCGUCCAGUGUUCUGUCUGGGUGGUCAGCUUGGCUCUUCCGCCAGACCUUCCUCUCAGGAAGUAUUCUCUCCGGUGUGGACCGCGGGAAAGCUCUGCGAAGCAAAACUGGAGAGAACAUCAACAGGCAUAGUUUAAAAGUUGCGGGGAAAGAGCAUCCAAGACCCAGUGAAACGAACUUGGCUUAUUUGGCCCCAGAAAGAGAGGCUAAGGAGGUUUUCAGUAUCUGGGUUCCUGCACCCGGGGGAAGGCUGCCUGCAGAGCCCUGGGCAAGCUCAUAAUCUGGACCUUCUAACAGAAACUGUUUCAAAGG